AUGACACCUGUGGGACUUGGCAUUCCCAAUAGAAGGCAUGCUUUUAACGGAGAAUCCCCUUGGCUGUUUUUCUGCCCGUACCUCAAAUCCUCCGGCUACGUGAAGGUGAUUCGAAUCGAAUACAAUGCAAUCAACAGUGAUUCUUAUCACGGGGGCAAACCGAGGUAUGCGAGUUCUCGUCCCACCUUGAAGAUACACAAAUUGACACCAAGCUCAGGCCUCGGUAAAGGUCUCACCGUUCGGUAUCUCGCCAUGCCCGAUGUGACUGUCAUUGCUACGAUGCGAGAAACUUCCGCCGCAAACACGUUCGACCUUGAGUCUGUCCCAAAAGGUCCAAAUUCGCACUUGAUUAUUACACAGCUUGAUCAAGGGGAUUCUGUAUCUGUUACAGACGCUAUCUGCACCAUUGAGAAGAAGCAUUUGAUUAAUCAUGUUGAUCUUGUCAUCGCGAACGCAGGAAUUGCCAAUCAUUGGGGACCUGUGUCAGAACUCAACGAGUCCGACAUGAUAUCCCACUUCCAGGUGAACACAUUGGGGCCACUCAGGCUUUUCACAUCGAUUUUGCAUUUGCUCAAGGCUGGGUUAGUGCCCAAGUUCAUAUACUUGUCUUCGGGGCUGGCAAGUCUCAGUAGACUAGAUCAAUCUUCUUCACUCACAGCCGCCUACGGUGCGUCUAAAGUGGCGGGGAACUAUUUGAUCAGAAAGAUCCAUGAAGAGGAACCGGACCUCGUUGCUUUCUCUAUCGACCCGGGAUUCGUGCAAACCGAUAUGGGUAACCGUGGUGCCAAGUUUGGCGGACUUACUGAAGCUCCAAUGACUAUUGCCGAAAGCGUGGAUGGAAUUUUCAAUCAGGUGAGAAAGAAACAUUGUAUCCAAUCGCCACGUUGGAUUAUGUACUAA